UACAAGUUACGAAAUGAAAAAAUGGAAAAUAAUCUGGUAAAAGUAAGUAUACACGUGGAAAGUUCAAAUUCAACGAAUCUGAUUUUCUCUUUGUCGCUCUCUCUUCAGCUUCGGAGCUUCUCUUUAGAUCUGAUCCGAGCAACAAGGUUUUUGAGUUCUUCUUUCUAUAAGAUCUGGGAGAGCAUGGGCCGAGGAGUUAGCAUCGGUGGAGGACAGAGUUCAUUGGGCUAUCUGUUUGGGAGUGGAGAGGCUCCUAAACCAGCUACAACUAAUGCUGAAACUGCUCCAAAUGAAGUGCAGGCUGUGAAUAAUGCGCCUGCCUCCAAACCUGCUACUGCUUCUCAUUGAUAACCCAGUACCUCUCUAGAUCGACAAUAAAUUGGACCAAGAACAAGCAGCUCACAAACUAAAAUAAUCAGAUCAAAGACUUGUACAAAUAAUCCUAAAGAAAGGCUAGUGGUGAUUUGGUAAGGCUUCCCCUUCCAAAGGCAAUAUAACCGGGCAAUAUAACCCUGAAAGUCUUUCUACAUAAAUAACCAUUGUAACAGGAGCUGAUUGUGUGUUUUGUUUAAAAAACAAACACAUGCAAGCUAUCGGCCCUGAACUAUUGUAACAGUAACAUUGUUAAGGGAGCCAGCAUCUGGGGAAAUUUGCCUUUCGGUGAAUGCAGGUUGCUUUGGAAGAGGCAGAUCAAUAGUCUCACUUUUAAGCAUGGAAAUAACAACAGAUACAGUUGGCCUA